AUGAGUAACGGCGAACUCCUCCGAAUUGACCCGCUCGAGCUCCAAUUCCCCUUCGAAUUGAAGAAGCAGAUCUCAUGUUCCAUGCAAUUAUCCAACAAGUCCAAUAAUUAUGUUGUAUUCAAGGUUAAGACUACAAAUCCAAAGAAGUACUGUGUGAGGCCGAACACGGGAGUGGUGAUGCCUCACUCUACUUGUGAUGUUAUAGUUACUAUGCAAGCCCAAAAGGAGGCUCCACCAGACAUGCAAUGCAGGGAUAAAUUUCUCCUUCAGAGCGUGGUGGUGAGCCCUGAAGUUACCGUGAAAGAUAUUACACCUGAAAUGUUCAACAAAGAGUCUGGGAAGCAAUUAGAUGAAUGCAAGCUGAAAGUUUCAUAUGUUCCUCCCAACCAACCACCUUCCCCUGUGCGAGAAGGCUCGGAGGAAGGUUCUUCACCUAGGGCUUCAGUAUCAGACAAUGGAAACGUAAAUCAAACUUCUGAAUAUAACACGGCCAAGACUGUGAUUGCAAAGCUGACUGAGGAGAAAUAUUCUGUUUUUAGGCAAAAUCAGAAGCUUCAGAGUGAACUGGAGCUCUUGAGACGUCAAAGCAACAGUGGCGGGAUUCCGUUUAUGUACGUAAUCAUUGUUGGCUUGGUUGGGAUCCUAUUGGGCUACCUUCUGAAGAGAACAUGA